GUUCCGGCUGGCACGUGACUUGCUCUGUGGGCGCUGGGGUCGAGGAAGCCGAGAAGCUGGAGCUUAGGUUGGGGGGCAUGGAGCGUUGAGCCGUUAACGUCUGCCAGGCUGUCUGCCUCCGUACCUGUUGCUGCUGCCGCCGCUUCCUCGUCUAACACCUUCCUGGUCCGGCCCUCCAAUGGUCUGAGGGACAGUGAACUGGCCACCUGUUUAAAAAGUUUAAGGACCCCUGAUCUAAGAAUACUUCUCUGUGCCUGGGGGAUGCUGCUUUAGAAAUUAUGACGGUCCUGAAUGAAAAAAGGGAAAGGAAGCUUCCCUUCAUCCAGCAGAUUUCAUUGGACCUAUAGGGUGCUCUGAGCUUGAAAUUAAACACAGGAAAAGGUGUUCAAGCUUAGGUGUGGAUCUCAGUUCAAAUAGAAGAGUUGAGGUGCACUUGAAUACAGAAUGUUCCUUGCUGCCAGGAGGACACAGCAGAGAGAAUGUGGCCUUUCAAGUCAAACACAACUAAAUUUGUACCCCAUCUGCCAGUCGUGGAACCUUAGAGUCUCUCUUGCUAUCUGAAGAAAUACCUAGUAACAGACAUGACUGAGUUCUGGCUUAUAUCUGCUCCUGGAGAGAAAACCUGCCAGCAAACAUGGGAGAAACUGCAUGCUGCUACUACGAAGAACAAUAAUCUUGCCAUCUCUUCCAAGUUCAACAUUCCCGAUUUAAAGGUUGGCACACUGGAUGUCUUGGUUGGCUUGUCUGAUGAACUGGCUAAACUGGAUGCAUUUGUAGAAGGAGUGGUUAAGAAAGUGGCUCAAUACAUGGCUGACGUAUUGGAGGAUAGUAGAGAUAAAGUUCAGGAGAAUUUGUUAGCCAAUGGAGUUGACUUGGUUACUUAUAUAACCAGAUUCCAGUGGGAUAUGGCCAAAUAUCCAAUCAAGCAGUCCCUGAAAAAUAUUUCAGAAAUAAUUGCCAAGGGAGUAACUCAGAUUGAUAAUGACCUGAAAUCUCGAGCAUCUGCGUACAAUAACCUGAAAGGGAAUCUUCAGAAUUUGGAGCGAAAGAAUGCAGGAAGUUUGCUAACUAGAAGCCUAGCAGAAAUUGUGAAGAAGGAUGACUUUGUUCUUGAUUCAGAGUAUCUUAUCACCUUACUGGUGGUAGUUCCCAAGUUAAACCACAAUGACUGGAUUAAGCAGUAUGAAACACUAGCCGAAAUGGUCGUUCCAAGGUCUAGCAAUGUUCUCUCAGAGGACCAAGACAGUUACCUUUGUAACGUCACCUUGUUUAGGAAGGCAGUCGAUGACUUCCGACACAAAGCCAGGGAAAACAAAUUCAUCGUUCGUGACUUCCAGUAUAAUGAAGAGGAGAUGAAAGCAGAUAAAGAAGAAAUGAACAGGCUUUCUACUGACAAGAAAAAACAAUUUGGACCACUUGUACGGUGGCUGAAAGUGAAUUUCAGUGAGGCAUUUAUUGCGUGGAUUCAUGUGAAAGCCUUAAGAGUUUUUGUUGAGUCUGUUUUAAGGUAUGGCUUGCCAGUGAACUUCCAAGCAAUGCUACUUCAACCCAAUAAGAAAACAAUGAAGAAACUGAGAGAAGUAUUAUAUGAAUUGUAUAAACAUCUAGACAGCAGCGCAGCAGCUAUUAUUGAUGCUCCUAUGGAUAUUCCAGGUUUAAACCUGAGUCAACAGGAAUAUUACCCCUAUGUGUACUACAAGAUUGAUUGCAACUUGCUGGAAUUCAAGUAAAAACGAGCUCCUCCCCAGCCAAUCCUGUCCUUGUGUUGGUGUGUGCUAACGAAACUAGGUUACAGUAGGAUAGUACUUUUCAUUAUUCUCUGUUAUCCUUUGCUUGCUUACCCCUUUCCUAGGUUAGUUCUCCCAUAGUGGUCCAACAUUUUCUUUUUAAAGGAAAGUAUAUGUAUUGUUUCUUUUUAUUGAUCAGGUCUAUAAAUGUGUACUAAAAAAAAAUCAGAGUUUAUUUAUAAACAGAAUAGUUUAUUUAAAGAGAAGGUCUUUUCCUUAUCAAUAACGUGGUAUGCAUUAAUUCCAUUUGUUAUUGUUGUGCACAAAAGCCUGUUUAGAAGGGAAUGGUGUAAACAUUUAUACCAUUUUGUUCACUGUAAUUAGUAGACAUAACUGUUUAAUAGUUAUUGAAUUGUGAUGUAAAGAAAUGUGACAAUAUUCAGGUAUGUGCUUUUUGAAUGUUUCAAACUACAAUCUAUGAGCACUGUUGACACCCACAGGAGAGAAUAAAAUUACCUGUGCAAAGGU